UGAUGGCGGCAGGGCGGAGCGACGAGAGGACGAGCAGCGCAGAGAGAUAAACCCUCUCUGAGAGCAGCAGGCUAGUAGAGGAUAAACAGAGAGAGAGAAACCCGCCGUCCUGCUUCCACCGACCACUGUCUACACAUUUCAUCACUUCAUCACAGAGAGGGAGGCCAGUCCAGGAUGAACGGCGACUCAGGUGCCGGCGUGGUGACGGCCCCCCCUCCCACCACAGCCCCCCACAAGGAGCGGUACUUCGACCGCGUGGACGAGAGCAGCCCGGAGUACCAGAGGGAGAGAAACAUGGCGCCCGACCUGCGGCAGGACUUCAACAUGAUGGAGCAGAGGAAGAGGGUCUCCAUGAUCCUACAGAGCCCGGCAUUCUGCGAUGAGCUGGAGACGAUGAUCCAGGACCAGCUGAAGAAGGGGAAGACGCCCACCAGCCUGCUGGCCCUGCAGCAGAUCGCAGACUUCAUGACCACCAGCAUGCCUUCCAUGUAUCCCGCUGCUCCGCAGGGAGGCAUGGCGGCGCUCAACAUGAGUUUGGGUAUGGUGACUCCAGUGAAUGAUCUGCGUGGCUCCGACUCUAUUUCCUAUGACAAGGGCGAGAAGCAACUCCGCUGCAAGCUGGCUGCCUUUCAUCGGCUCACUGACUUGUUCGGCUGGUCCGAGCUCAUCUACAACCACCUCACAGUCAGGGUGAGCUCAGACCAGGAGCGCUUCCUAAUUGUCCCUUUUGGGCUCCUGUUCAGUGAAGUCACCGCCUCCAGUCUGGUGAAGAUAAACCUUCAAGGUGAGAUAGUCGACCGGGGAAGCACCAAUCUCGGGGUCAACCAGGCCGGCUUCACUCUCCACUCUGCUAUCUUCGCUUCGCGGCCCGACGUCAAGUGUAUCGUGCAUAUACACACAUCCGCGGGUGCUGCGGUGUCAGCCAUGAAAUGCGGCCUAUUGCCCAUCUCACCUGAGGCGCUGUCCUUGGGCGAGCUGUCCUAUCAUGACUACCAAGGCAUACUGGUGGAUGAUGAAGAAGGUCUGACCAUACAGAGGAACCUUGGGCCUACCAACAAGGUGCUCAUCCUGAGGAACCAUGGCUUGGUGUCUGUAGGCGAAACAGUGGAGGAAGCCUUCUAUUACAUGCACAAUCUGGUCACUGCCUGUGAGAUCCAGGUGAGAACGCUGGCCGGCGCUGGAGGGCCAGAUAAUCUGGUGCUGCUGGAUCCGGCCAAAUACAAGUCGCGCCCGCGGGUCCCGGAGCCAGCCGGCGACGGGCCCUCCGCACACCCUAAUUGGAAAGUCGGGGAGCAGGAGUUUGAGGCUCUCAUGAGAAUGCUCGACAACUUGGGCUACAGGACGGGCUACCCUUACCGCUGCCCGGCAUUGCGAGACAAAGCUAAAAAGUACAGUGACGCGGAGAUCGCUCCCUCCGCCCACAGCGGCUACUCGUACGGGGAGGACAGCGACUCAGGCGCUCGCUCCCCGCUGAAACAGAGCUUCCAGCGCGGCCAGCGCGACAAGACCCGCUGGGUCAAUGCCGGCGGCCGGCCCGACGAGCCCUACGAGGACGGGCCCGACGGCGGCAGCCCCAAGUCGAAGCCUAAGGUGUGGACGAACAUAACACACGAUCACGUCAAACCCUUGCUGCAGUCUCUCUCGUCUGGUGUCUGCGUGCCAAGCUGUAUAACCAACUGCUUGUGGACAAAGGAAGAAGGACUCCGCCAGGCUGCCGUAGCCAAUCAGUUCAUCCCGAUGAACACCAACCCAAAAGACGUCCUGGAAAUGAGGAAUAAGAUCCGUGAGCAGAACCUGCAGGACAUAAAGACAGCAGGGCCCCAGUCUCAGGUCCUUUGUGCCGGCUCCGGGGGGGAGCGCACCUUCAACCAGAGAUUGUCAAUCUGGCAGGACGCCCCUCUGUCUGACUGUACAGACACUAUUGACGGCCUCGAUGUGUCCGAGGGGUCCUAUAGUCCUGCUAAAUCAAUUAGAAAGGGGGAGCUAGUGACCGCAUCCAAGGCCAUCAUUGAGAAGGAGUACCAGCCCAGGGUCAUCAUCAGCAAGCAGGGUCCCAACCCCUUCAACAAACUCACCGACCAGGAGCUGGACGAGUACCGUAAGGAGGUGGAGCAGAACCAGAAGGGACCUGAAGUGCAGGGACGAGGCGGUAGUAGGGAGGGAUCAGCCUGUCCUGAGCCCGAACCGCUACCGAGGGGUCAAGCCUCCGCCUCCACACCUCUGCAGUCUGCGAAUGACUCGCCCAGCUUACAGAGAGCCCCGCCUACAACCGCCACGCCCGUCACGCCAGCCUCCGGGCAGGGCUCCCCUUCACUCGUCCUCUCCGGCGGGGCUGAGCCGGCCGGUCGGGGCCGCACAGACUCCACAGAUGACGUUUUUUCCACGACGGGAGAGGUUGUUUCAGCUCCAGAUUCCCCACACAAGGAGUUCCACUGCGCCGUGCUGCGAGCCCUCAGCAAAGAGCCGUCGGUGGUAGAGGCGGCUGAGGCGGAUCAGGCUCCAGAUGUGGAGCAGCUAGCAGAGCCUGAGGAGGAAGAGCCCCAGAUCCAGAAACCCACCACCACGCCACCCAGCACCCCGGUCCAAGCAGAGGAAGAGUCCUUGCCAGAACAGACCUUUAAGGAUGACAGCGACGCCGCCACCCUGAGACAGACCCUUCCAGAUUUAACACCCGACGACCCCUCCGAUGCCCCAGCACUUCCUGCCGAAGAACCCGCCUCCGCCCCCGUCGGUGCAGACGCAGCUGAGGGGGAGGAACCCGCUGACGCUGGCGACCAGGAGGGAGAAGAGUCUCCCAGCAAGUCGCCCUCCAAAAAGAAAAAGAAAUUCCGCACCCCUUCCUUCCUAAAGAAAAACAAAAAAAAGACAGAGUCCUAGAUAACGUCGGAUCGGUCCUCCAGGCUGGCCUCUGCCUCCUUUCAUUUUCCGCUUUUUUCGUCUGCUAUCACCCUUUCGAGCAAGCCACUGUUACAAACAGUUCUGCUUUUUUUGUUGUUUUGAUAUCAUUUGUCGCCGGCUUAUUAACCUUCUUCUCCUCAUUAGUGUGUGCCAAUUUUGUAUACAGUGCAGACCGAUUGCAUAAAGGUUUUUAAUUAUUAGAAGCUUUUUAGUUGUGAGUGAGUGAUACAUUCUGUCUUGUCUACUCCAUCUGGCCUUCGGUGCAUGUCUAUUACUACAGGCCCACACAUUUAAUGUGAGCUUUUAGGGUUUUAUCGCCCUCUUUUUUUCUUUUUAACCUAAACCAUUGUAACCACUAGAAUGUAUUGGGAUUGUAUCAAAAAUAUGUCAAAGUGUCUUUUAAAAACAGUGAAUGCAGAAAGAAAGAAAAGCUUGUACUCUCAUUUAACUGGUGGUUAAAACUACAAAUUGCAUAAUGCUAAUUUUACCUCUGAAGCUGAAUUCCAUGUAAGCAGGCCAGGUGAACAACAGUUGGGAUAUUUCCAGUUGAUUAUUUAUGGAAAAUGCAUACAUACAAAGUCCAUAUUAAUGUCUCCAUAAUCCAACAUUUUCAUUAAAUCUUCCAUAAGCUAAA